AUGACAGUCUAUGAAAUCCGCGUUAUUUUCUACACGUGGAUUAAACAGAAAAUUGAGAUACCGCGGAAUUAUGACCCCGUGGAAAAAAGGAUAUCAAGUCAGUUGCUGAAGCUGGACGACAUCACAGUUCAUAGUCAGGCAGUUACCUGGAACGAAGCCAAAGACUUGUGUAAAAUGAAAGGACAGAAAAUGCUGACUUUAGACACACCUGAAAAAUUCAACGCUAUUACAAACCUACUUACUGAUUUUCUUACAGGGGAUUACUGGCUCGGAUUGCAUGAUAUAAACAGUGGAUCCACCACAGAAUUUUAUUGGGAUGAUUGUAAGCCGUUGGCUCCGUCGGAUUGGACAAUCUGGGAUUCAGUGGGCAACGAACCGGACAAGCCCUCCACUCAAAGAUGUAUUAGGAUCUUCUUUGGCCAUUGGAGAACUGUAGAUUGUAACAUACCGAGAUCGUACAUCUGCGAACAACAAAAAGCACCUUGUCCCUAUCGCAGUCUUCUCAACAUGGAUGUGACAAAAAAUUCAUCGAUCUCUUUCCUUGAAAUAGCGGCAGAUAUCGAAUCUUGUAAAGCAGUCUGUGACAACAUAUUUACAUCUGAUAAAAGUUGCUGGGGCAUACUGAUUUCAAACAACAACACCUUAUCAUGCAAUCUCAUAAUUUCAAAAGAAGCACCGAAAAGAAGGCCAGCAAAUGGUUUCAAUUUAUACGUGAAGGACUGCAUGAAAGUAAGUGUCGAUAACACUACAGUCGCUGUACAAAGCAGAACAGAGGCAUAUCCUGUUUCUACCUGUCCUGUGAUUGAUAAUGUCGAGGAAAACACCACGGUCAUUUCAUGUCAAAAUCUCUUAAAAAGUACCUUACCAUCAACUCCGACGAGCUCAGAUGUGAAUUUGGAUAAUGAUCACAUCACCACAGCUUUUAAUUUGGAUACUCAGCAAGAACUAAUAUUAAGCAUUCGCAAUAUAAAGAACAGCCUGACGGUAAACAAGUCGGAAACCAGUACGGAGAUUCGUAAGAAGAUUAGUGUGUACGAGAGUAGAACUAGCGCCGUGUCUAUGGGUCUCAUUGGGACGAUUGUCAUUGUCUCAGUGAUACUGUUUCCGAUCGUAUCAGACCUUGCAUCCUUCAUUCAAAGACGUAACAAAAUAACAAUUUAAAAAAUAGUAUUUCAAUGCGAGAGAAUACUUAUUCUGGCAGAAUGUUUAUGCAACAAACACCAUUCGUAGGCCAUACGAAAAUGGCUAGUUGGCUGUCAACUUGUCAUGAACUGAAACAGUUAACAACUAGAAGUUGAAUGCUUUUGUGAAAAGCUUUCAACUAUUUUGCAUAAAAUGGUCAGUUGACUAUUCAUCGAGUUGACCAUUAAAGUUGAGGGCUAAUGCUUUAAUAAGAAUUCCUGCUGGAAAAAAAAUUAUACUGAUGAACACUGCCUCUACCAUAGUCCGAAAUAUCUGACGUUUUCCAGGCUUUUUCACGAUUUUGAUUUUUCCUGGCACAUAAAAUAUAGAAAUCGUUCAAUGGCAUUGAAAAAGUCCGAUAUUUUGGACUACCUCCACCAGUGUUAGGUUAACUAGGAAUUAGAAAUUUUUGUGUAUUUUUAGAAAGUUUGGAAAACUGAAUUGAAACUUUUAUUUUUGAUGAUAAUUUAAAGAUUUGCCUUUCUUUAUAUUUUUCUGAAAAAAUAUUGGAAAGACAUAA